GAGAACGGAUGAUUGGAAUCUGCGCUUGUGAUAUUAGGACUUUAGGAGGAGACCUUCUGGGGGGGGACUUCGAGUGGGAGUUUUGACUUGGUUGGCGUGGUGCGUGUUGUACUCUUGUUUUUUUUUUGAGUGGCAUAUAUUGUUUGAUUUCCGAUGGCAGCCAAAGACCGUUUGCCCAUCUUCCCGUCGCGCGGGGCACAAACGCUGAUGAAGUCGCGUUUGGCGGGCGCCACCAAGGGACAUGGUUUGCUAAAGAAAAAGGCGGAUGCCCUGCAGAUGCGCUUCCGUCUGAUUCUGGGCAAGAUUAUUGAGACCAAGACCCUGAUGGGUCAGGUGAUGAAGGAGGCUGCCUUCUCCUUGGCCGAGGUCAAGUUUACGACCGGCGACAUCAAUCAGAUUGUGCUGCAGAACGUGACCAAGGCCCAGAUCAAGAUCCGCACCAAGAAGGACAAUGUGGCCGGGGUAACGCUGCCCAUCUUUGAGCCCUACACGGAUGGCGUGGACACCUAUGAGUUGGCCGGCCUGGCACGUGGUGGCCAGCAGCUGGCCAAGCUCAAGAAGAACUACCAGAGCGCCGUGCGCCUGCUCGUCCAACUGGCCUCCCUGCAGACCUCCUUUGUGACCCUCGACGAUGUCAUCAAGGUCACCAACCGGCGGGUCAACGCCAUCGAGCACGUGAUCAUCCCCCGCAUCAACCGAACCAUAGAGUACAUCAUCAGCGAGCUGGACGAGUUGGAGCGCGAGGAGUUCUACCGACUGAAGAAGAUUCAGGACAAGAAGCGCGAGGCUCGCAAGGCAUCCGAUAAGCUGCGAGCGGAGCAGCGUCUCCUGGGCCAAGUGGCCGAAGCGCAGGAGGUGCAGAAUAUACUCGACGAGGACGGCGACGAGGAUCUGCUCUUCUAGACACACGAACAGCAGCCACAUGUGUACCAACCCAUCCUGUGCUCCACCUGACAACCCAAUCAUCACUCAACUUUGCUACCUCACUUCCCACUCGUUAUUGUUGUCGUUCGUUGUGAUCCGGAUGUUGUACCACUUGUCGUUCUUGGAAAUACAAUCCGUAAUCGUAACCUUUGUAAACGCCAUGUUUGUGGUUUCUAUCGCCAGCCAA